AUGUUGGAACGGGCAACCGCCUGUUUCGAGAGCGCAGGACGGCGUUUGUUUCGCGACUCCAAUGAUGCUAUUCGAACACGGAGAUCCCUCUCUCGCAAUUUUUGGAAACACAAUGCUGCCACAGAGGACUUCCCCGGUUGGUUUCUCGCGUUGAUCCAGCCGUCAAGUCAACGCCCGUCCUCCGCUCUCAACCUCGCCUCACAAUCCCCAAAUCAAUCGGCCCGAGAUGGAGGAACACCAAUUUUGGAAUUCUUGUACCCCCGAACUACUCCCCCGGUAUUGCGCAUACCCCGACAACCAAGGAGAUUGGGUCUGCGUCGAAGAAAGCGAUCGCUGGUCGGCUUCCCGAGAAACUACGCCUCCGAUGCGCUCUCCAACGCUCAAUCCACCCAUCCCGACACUUCAAAGAUACAGGAGAUAAUCCUUCAAGGUGGGACGGAUCAUUCAGUAGCUAGUCAGGCCUUAGAAGAACUCUCAAGGAUUCUGGAAGUCAAACCCAGGGAUUUUGACAAGGCAUGGGUUCUUUACUUGGCUGCCGGAAAACCAUCAGUCGUUCGUUCCGCCCUAUGUCAAUACCUAGCACGUUCGCCGCAGGUCUCGGAUUCGGACCGGGCCUGGCAAAUCUUUGAAGAGAUUCCGCUCGAAGAUCGACUACCCAGUGACUUUGAAUGUAUUUCUCGUUCCCAAACGAGAAUGGAAAAUCACUCAAGACUCAUUGAAAUAGCCAAGCAAGCGGGGCUAUCUACGACGCAAGAAGUUGCCAACUCGUGUUUUCCUUGGCUCUUCGCAUAUUUCUUCAAAAGGGGAGAGUGGGCUCCCGCCGUGGAAGUCUCGCGAAUAUGGCGUACUCUCGAACCUUCAACGGAUAUUCAAAAAUUCCGACUGUUAUUCUCACGCCUACAAUAUGUCACACUCGUCCGAAGCUGCCUUUAUUUCGGGAAGCAUCUUCAAAAAUCCAGAAAAAUCAAAGAUUACCGGUACCACAUUCAAAAGGCAGAUCAGGAUUUCUUCGACCUUGCAGAAGCGCUUCUGCAUGAUAUUUCACACUCACCAUUUCACCCUGAGCAUGCCUCGAUGGAUCGCAUGCUCAAAAUGCUGAGUGUAUAUAGACGUAUCAAAAUCCCUACCCUGAAGCAUUACAGCAAGAUCAUCGAGACACUUCAGUCAGCACGAACUCGCUCUGGAUUUUCUCGAUCGAUAGUUUUUUAUCGCCAAUUGCGUUUUGAGGCGCCUCAACUCCGGCCUUCAUAUGACCUGCUGUAUGGCCAGUUGGUCUCUAUGAAAGCAUGGGGCAUGACUAGCGGCAUAUCAUAUUUCUUGGACGAAAUCAGACAUUUCCAUCGAAGGCCAAGCAUGGCUGCAUACCUCGUGAGCAUGGACUGCUAUGCUCAUUCUGGGGACUUUUCACAGACCGAAUCAGUCUUUAACAGGAUGGUGGCGGACCACGGGAAACCUUCCGACUGUCGGCCAGUGCUACCGCUACUCGUUGCACAGGCAACGACCGGUAAUGUGGAAGGAACACGUCGACAAUUUGAACGAUUGACGGAUGAAUUCAACCUGCAGCCAAAUAUUCAUUGCUGGAAUGAACUCAUCAGGGCGCAUGCUCCUAUCAAUGAUUGGACUGGCGCACAAAAGACUUUCACCCAAAUGUUACAUACUGGCUUACAUCCAGACUCAUAUACCUUUGGCAUAUUGAUGGGAAUCACCGCAAAGAGAGGUGAUGCCGAUGCCACCCGUCAGCUCCUGAAAGAGGCACAUCAGCAUGAAGUAUUAAUCACAAUGCCAAUGCUUGAUACAAUAAUUCAAGUAUACUGCUGGAACGGGCAGUUGGAUUUCGCGGAACAGCUUGCAGAUGCAUGUUCCAGCCUUCAAAUCAAAGGGACCACCACUAGAAUCUGGAAUAGGAUCCUACUUCAGUACGCGCGCCGGCUUGACGUCAAAACUUGCGAACGGAUUGAGAGACGCAUGGAAACGGCCGGUAUUGAAAAGGAUGCUUGGUCGUAUUACGCAACGAUGCUUGGCCUUGUCCUGGCCGGCAGAACUGAUCGGGCACGAAGAAUGCUCCAGAGUUUGCACAAAAGACGUGUAAUAUAUGCGGAAGAGGCCCAUUACGCCCUCAUUCUGUCCGGAUACGUUAAGGACAGAAAUAGAGAUAUGGUGUCCAUCAUAUUCAAAGAGAUCGUGGAGCGGUUUGGCAAAGCUGGGCCUAAAUCAAGUCUCUUGUAUCUCCAAAGCCAGGUCCAGCGUGAUUUGCAAAUCGCAAAAGAAACCGGUAUCAAAGAUAGUGCUAACUACCAUCUGGUGCAUGCGGAAAAGGCUUUGGCCAAUUACCUGGCUAGGUCUCACGCCGUACCGUUGACUUCCGGACCUGGCGAUCUACCUACCACUGCUACUGAGUCGGCCCCGCAAUACGAGUACCUCAUCAAGCAAUACGGGAAACGUGGUACGAUCGAUCGUGCCCUUGCACUAUAUCAAGAAUUUAUGGAUAGGCGGGCUCCCGCAAAUCCUCGGGAUGAGCCGGAACCGAUCCCAAUUGGAGUUCUCACUUCCAUGAUGUCUGCUCAUUUGAAGGUGGCACAAUAUGAUGAAGUAGAGAAGCUGUGGAACCUUGCGGUGUCUGGAGCUAUGGAUCAAGCCAGUGUGAUUGAGAUUGACUUCUUUCCCGAUUCUUCUUCAUCGAAAACCGAGGGGCCGCAUACUACAAGCUCUCGGCCCUUCGACUUGUCGACCCUCAAGACCUCUACUCGUCAGCAUAGCCGCAAGAUUAUACCAGCACAGCGUUUUAUCCUUGCGAAACCAUUGGGCCUCUACAUGCGAGUCUUGGGCUACCAGAAUCAGACAAGCAGGAUCAGCGAGGUCGUGGCCAACCUCGAGAAACUUGGCUUUGCAUUGACUACCUUCAAUUGGUCAAGCUGGAUACAAAUGCUGGCAUCUUCUGACCACUAUCCUGACCAGGUCAAAGCUUUCCGGAUGUUCGAAGAGAAAUUCGCACCUCGUUUCCCCGGAUGGUACAAACUCUUACGCGGAUUUGGACACAAAUCACCUCAGAUGAAGAGGACCACUUGGAUGCUUGAAGAUCAUCGAACACAGUCGUUCCGAGAUGUUACCGGCAAGAACACUCGAAGGCACUGGAUCAGUGUUGAACCAGAUCAUCUGCAACCGACCUAUCUCACUAUCGUUUUCCUCGCCGCCUCUAUCGACCGUAUCCGAGAUAGAAUCAUCACUCAAGGUAGUCACGACCUCCAGAAGAUCAGUGCCGUCGCCCCCAAAACGGUUAAAUUGAUUGGUGAAAUGCCUUAUAAGCGCGACAAUGUCCAAGGUGUAUUGCUUCGACAUCGUUCGGAACAGCCUAGCAAAGAGAAGAAUCCAACUGAACCCUUUGUUGUGAGAGGUGGCGUUCUCGGCAAGGUUCAACGUGCUAGACCUCGACCUGACAUCUUCCGAGAUGACGAAACAAUGGACACGUGGCAGCGCAAGACUCCAAAUUAUCUUCUCAGAAAACACGGUGAAUCCAGCGAUAUUGAAACCCCAGAUGACGAUUACGUGUCGAAUGAUCGAGGCGUGCAAACCCAGUUGGAUCCACUAUCACGCGCAGACCAAAUUGAUGUUGAAAACCACAUCCGGAAUUCUCGCAUCAAACUCAAACAAAAGGAGCAACGCAAGUCGCGAUUUGCCAGUGUUGUUUCCCGCGAAAAGCAGCGACGUGAGAUCAGCAAAAAACAUCUCGAAGAUCCGGUGAACCCAAACCUAGACAACAAGGUGUUCGAAGAAGAGGACGAAGCCUUUGAUGAAGGGGAUCAGACUCCUACUGAUCAGGACUGGGUUGAUCAGAACUUCCUGGCUUUCAUCGAAGAACACGCGAGUGCCAACAAAGAGCAAGUGGAAGCAGAGCUCCACGAGGAAGCUGAACAGCAAGGGCAUUCCGAAGUUGAGCGUUCGGAGGAGAAAGAGCAAUCCGAAUCCGGAUCUGAAGCCGAGGGCGCCGAGCAGGCCACAAAAGACCCCAGCGAGGUUCCCAAUGAGGACAAAACUCGUGAAUAG